GUGGAUCUGCAUUGUAUGUCGAGUCUACCUUGGAAUCGAUUUUAUCUAAAUCGUCAUCGCCCUCACUUUCUAAAACUGGACAGAUGGGUGAUGUAAUGAAAGAAUCCUCCACAAUUGCAUAUACAUUUGCUAAAAGUUUAAUGGCAAUGCGCUAUUCAGAAAACAAAUUUUUCGAAAAAGCGAAGAUUCAUCUGCACGUGCCAGAAGGAGCAACUCCGAAAGAUGGUCCUUCUGCUGGUAUUACAAUGGCAACAUCUCUUCUUUCUCUUGCACUUUCUAAGCCGUUGGAUCCAACUAUAGCAAUGACUGGUGAACUUACACUAACCGGUAAAGUUUUAAAGAUUGGUGGUCUUCGUGAAAAAGCUGUAGCUGCAAAAAGGUCAGGUGUGAAAACUUUAAUAUUUCCGGAAAGCAACACCAGCGAUUGGGAGGAAUUGCCAGAAAAUGUUAAGGAAGGUCUAGUGGGUGUUCCAGUUGCCUGGUAUGAUGAUGUAUUUAAGGUCGUGUUUGGUGAUGUAAGUAGCGAUGAAGCAGAAAAUGCUUGGACUUCAAUGAUCAAAUCAAGUUCAUAUCUGAUUGAUGACAAAGAAAACGGCGCAAAGUCGGACUUUAAAAACACAGUCUAA